UGAUUAUUUUUGUUACAUAUGCUCCUUUAAAACAUACAAACUUCUUCUAUAGACUUUCUCUGUUAGAUUUUUCUCCUCACUUGUCUUUUAACAAUAUCAUUAUUAGUUCAGUAAAGAAUAUUGAAGUUUGGUUUCUUAGAAGUCUAAUGUGUAUGCAGUUUUCUUUAAUUGCUUUGUCAUAACUUUUUGAGGCAUGUUUUUCAAGUUAUUUCUUACUUCUGUAGAACCGCAGGGUAAUACUGCAUUAGCUAACAGCUAGUAGUUAAUUUUUUUUUAAGGGAGGAACUUCUUAAGCCAGGCUAUAUAUGUAACAUGAUCUGUAAGUUAAUUUGUGUAAGUGACUGAAUUCACACCUUGUUUUUACAGAAGUGCAUCUAUGUCAAUUCAGCCUUUAAUCUUAUAGGAUCUCCUGUACUGAUUGGGGAACCUGCUGGAAACCUAAUGUGUAGUAGAAAAUAACAUUAGUUUUAUGAUGAAAACACAAUACAAGUCAAUAAAUCUGACUUUAGAAUUUCUCCUCUCAGAUUUAAAAUGUUGCAGCUUCAUGAUACAAAAUGCUGGUUCAGUAUAAGGUUUCCUAGCAGUUUCAAAGUUGUUCAAAUAGCUUUGGUGGAUUAACCUUGCAGUGAUGACUUUUAGACCAAAUGAGUCAUUGGUCUGUCCUCUCACAGUCAGCACAGCACUGGUAUAAUUUUACCACUUGCUGUGUGAACAUAGAAAAAUUGCAACUGUUUGUCCAUGCCUCAUCUAGAUUAGAUGAUGGGCAAGUUGGCUGCUUUAUCAGGUACUAUGCAGAACCAGCUUAAUCACUGUGAAAGCAUAGCUACAAUAAAAAUUUAGUUCCAAAUUUAUGUCGAUCAAAAUGUUUUUUACAGAUUACAUGUGGAAUGGGAGGGCAGACUGCCUGUAAUCAUUCGAUCUGCUGCUUUGGUAAAGAAAGAGUGUAAAUCUUGCAUCCUAAGUAAAAGUGUCAGGUUGUUAAAUGUAUUCUUGCAUAGAAUUUUCUCCAUUUUGUUUUUAUUUAUUGGGUAUUGUCAAAACAGUUAUUGCUUGUUGCUCGGAUGGUUGGUUGCAUUGAUGGCUAGGUUAAAAAAAUGUUUAAAAGUGCUAGAAGUUUUGUAAAAAUGUGUUUUAGAUUCUGCCUGUAUCGUUGCCUGUGUUCUCAUAUCUACAUUUGUCUUAAAGCUUUAAAACUGAAUCUUUGUUUUUGCACAGAUUUAUUUCUUCUUGACUGAAGAUGUUAUCUUUAUGUGAAGCUGAAACUACAGUUGCAUUGGAUUGAAUGUAUUAGGAUAAUUAAGACGUUAAAUUUUGUGUUGAGGAGUAGAACACCCAAACAAUUCUGCUAUCUUUUGCUGGCGCUGUGCAAAUGCUAUCAGCUUUUUGGUAUCUGAGAUCAAGUAUAUUGAUAUUUAAAGAAAUGCUACUUUUUUCCUCCUGUAAAAACUGUUUCUGCUUCUCCUUACCAUUUUGUCAUGUCAGUGAAGGCAUAAGGUCACUGCCUACAUAGUCCUGAAUGUGUCUUACCGUAGUCCUGAACGUGUCUUACCAUGUGACAUCCCUGUUCUAAUGCACAUUCAGUGAAUUGUAAUGCAGCAUUUCUGUUUUGCCAACGAUCCUGUAUGUGCUAUGUGACAGCAUACCUCAGAAAGUUCACUUGCAAGGAUGAUCUAGUCUGGGUAAACUUCUGCUAAGGAGGGAUUAUAAAAAUUGGAGUUAUAUGUUCAAGAGUUGGCGGGAGGUAGCAAGUGGUACAAAAUGUUGAUAUAGAGGAAAAAUAUAUGUAGAGCUUCUGUUCCAAUGUAUUUACUCUUUCAGUCGCUUAUAAACUGUUAACCUGUAAGGGCAAUGAAGAGGGGAAUUCAGAAUUGAUACACUUCAUAUACUGUAACACUCAUUACAGGAAGACAUUAGUCAAAACAUCAAAGUCUUUCUAUAACAACUCGCUAUUUUCUUCUAAUGUUGCAAAUUUUAUCAACUCUUAAGUUUCAGAGUUUGUUGACAGCUUCCUCCUGGUGGUAAGAUGAGAUUUGUAUGAGAAAUGAAUAAAUUUGUAUUGCCCGCAAAGUUCCUAGGCUUCGAAGCAUGGGCUUCUUGCAAUUAGACACCUAGGAUUAUUCCAGAGCACCUUAAAUUGAUACAAGUUGCACUGUUGCCCUUUUCUGUUCUUACCAUGUCUGUUAUGCCAGCGCUCGUGCCCAUGUGACUGCACAGUAGACUGCAUCAGGUAAUUAAUCUGGCUGGAAACAAAUGAAAAAAAAAAACCUGUCAGAUCAGUUUCUUAAACUGGAUCCUCUCAUGCAGCAGUGCAAGGAAAAAAGUGGGAAUACCUAGCUGUGAUGCAGGGGGGACUGCACCUUUGUACUUAAACUAGUUUCAGCUACCAUGGCUCUGCACCCUUACUUUUAAUUUUAGAUUAUAACCAAUCUAGUCAUGAUGGUCUACUGCCAAAAUCCUUUUUCUCCUCUGUCCAAGCUCUUCAGACAUUUUCCUUCGCAGCUAUGUGGCAUUACAUCCACCAUGACAGGAUGUUUAUUGAUAGCUUAGUUUCUGUUGGAUUCCCUGAGGGGGACUGCAAGAACAGAUUUUUACUUUGUUGUACUUAGUGAAGUAGGUGAGGAAGUCCAGGAAGGCUUUUUUUUUCUUUAAUUAAGAAUUACUGCUGCUAUCCCUAGCACGGUAUGCCAGACAGUAUUUUGCUGCUUGUGGUAACCAGUCCUAAAGUGUCCAUAUAUUUCUUUUUUAUUUUUUCCAGCUUUUUCUCCACUUCUAUUUACUGAGCCAGUAGAUUACUAUAAAACAAAAAGUCAUUCUUAUCUUUUACUUUUUAAAUGCUGCUUUCACUGAAUUUAAUCUCAAGAAGCAGUAGGAUUCCUGAAAACUUUCUUUAGGAAAAAAAGUUUUAACUGUUUCUUUCCAUCUGUUCACAUCUCUUUUUAACUAGAGUUUUUUUCCCCAUUGUUUUUCAAAAACCUUUUUUCUUUUUCUGCAUCAAAUGAGACAAUUCUGGUAUGUUGGGAAAAAUUUAUGUUCUGAUAAUUUUUGGCUAGUGUGUAUCUGACUUCUUGUGUAUUUCCAUACAGUGAAAAAUGCUGCCAAGAAAAAUUGCUUAUUUUGUAGUAUUAUAUGAAAUAAGAGGUAAUUUUCAUGUUAAAAAAAAAAACAUUUGUGACUCCCAUCUUCACAGAGCAGUAGGUUAGUUAUUGAAAUCAGACAGUUGUGAACAUAGGCAUUAAUUCUGUUUAGGUGCUGAUGUCAAAUAGGCUCAUUAAUGUACAGAUUGAAGUAAGAUUAAUAUAAUUUACAUUUUGGAGAUGUUCUUGCUCAUAUGUAUCCACAGAAGAAGGUGGAGAAAGAUCGAUUUUUGUUUUGCUGAAUGUAAAAAUGAAUGGGUCAGUACAAGAGACAACGCAUGAUCUUCCAAAGAGAAAUUCAAAGUAGCGACAUGGCACUCGUUAGUUCUGACAUUGCUCCUAUAAAUUACCUCCUAAAGAAAUGGAUAGUCAUGUUAUAGAUGAGUCCAGUUAUUAAAGGUAACGUGUUUCUCCAGGGAGAGGCUCCCUGAGGGAACGUGAUACAGCACUAGGUGUCAACUUGCCAGGGCAGCGGGAGGCUUUGCAGCCCUGCUGCUGCAGCAGUGUUUUGCAGUUUUAGAGCGCUGGAGCCCGUGCUGAGGAGGUACGACAAGCCCUGUGCUGGCAGGGAGCAAGAUCCCUUCCCCUGCAGGGAGGUAGCUGUGGUAUUGCCUCCUGCUCCUGUGGAACCAAAACCUGCCACGUGGGGUGGAGGGGCAAAGCAUGACUGAUGAGGUGAAUAAGGAAGCGAUUGGCAGCAAGGCAGCUGAAUGUUAAAUGGGGGGGAGAACCUUUUUCUUGCUGUAGCUGGAUUAAGCGUAGUCCUUUUUACAGACGGUGUACGUUAGUAAUUAAACUUUGUGUUCUGUUUACAUACAAAUACUAGCAUUUUACCUUUGCUUCAGUGAAGUACGUGAGCUAACACUGUCUGCAGUUAAAGCAAACUAGAUCUUGGCUAGCAAUUGGAUUUUCAAAUAAAACUAGUUUUAUGCAGUAUAGCUGACUUGCUUCUUUAAAAUCUUUUGUCCUUAGCUCUAAAUUAAGCUUGCCAUUUCACCUUACAGGCAGCUGGCUGUCUACUCAUCUAGUCUGGAAUAUACAAACAAUCCAUUCCAUGCUUUCCAUAUGUGAAAUGUAUUUUAUCCUAUGCUGAAGAAUAAGACCCAAGUUAUUUCUCACACCAGAUGGUAUCCUAAGCAGAAGUGUCUGGGAUACACUGUGUAUGCUUCAGGCUUUAGAAAGGAUGCGUCCUUAUUUGUGUGACAAAAUUAUAGCUGAGAGACACUUCGAUUACCUACGUUCAAAGAAAAUACUCACUAGAGAAGACACAGAAGAAAUUUCUUCUCGAGCUUCCAGUAGGAAAAAAACUGGGAAGUUAUUGGACUACUUAGCAGAAAACCCGAAGGGACUAGAUGCUUUGAUUGAAUCUAUUAGGCGAGAAAGAACACAAAACUUCCUGUUACAAAAGAUAACAGACGUAGUGUUGAAAGUCAAAAAUGAAAAACUUGAAGCUCUCAAAGGUCUAAGCUGCAGCACCUGUAUGACCUCAUUGUAUGGAGGAACGAAUAAUCUUUCUAGAUCAUAUUCUGAUGAGUCUAACUUUUUUGAAAAAACAAAAGACAAAGAAUCUAGCCAGAUACAUCAUCCAGAAGAAGAUUAUAGUACUGCUGCAUUUGUGUCUGCUGUCUCUCUUCGGUCAAUGAAUUUACCAAUUGCAGAGAUGGGAAAUGCAGAGAAUGUGGUCUUCUCGGGCCCCCUUCCAGGGCCUGGCGAUCCCGGUGCGCCCCCUCUCCCGCCAGAACUCCAGUCAGAACAGCAGGAGCCUUGUACCAGUUCAAGUGACAAUGUCUUUUUGCCUUUAAGAUCACGUUCUCUUCAACCACAGUGAACUUGAGUGACUUUGUCCGUUCAUCCAAGGGGUACUGGACUUUGUGUGAUGCCUUAUACCAGUGAAAAAAGUUUUCAAUAUAAAUCUGCAAAAUCAGAGAAAACCCAUGCUAUUUACCAAAAAACCCAACUCCUAUAAAAAACAGUAUAAUCAGGUGACUCUGUAGCUGCUUGAUUUUUAUGUUCUUUAGGGAGGUUUUUUUUAAAUAAAAAUCAGGGUGGUACACCAGCAAAGGCUUUUUUUAAACUAGCUUAUUUAGAAUUUUGUAUUUUAAUGUUAGUUGCAGAUAUUUAAGCUGCAGUUAUGGAGCAGAUGUUUUUUUCUUCCUAUGGUAACUUUUUUCCCUAAUGUUUCUGUGACAAGUGGGUGGGAAAGAUGCUUAGGAAAAGAACUUGAGUAUUGAAAAAUAACCUUCUGAACUUAAAGCUUAAACUCACUUCCUGAAAAGCUUAAACUUAUUUGCCAAAUUAAAUGUUUUUGAAGGAUAAAGUCUGCCCUCCAUGCAGAGGUGUGCAGCUCCCAUUUCAAAAACUGAAUCUGACCAAAUCUGUAGCUAUGCUUAUUUGUAAGAAGUCUUUUAAUUUUCUGAACUUUGUUCUUGGUCCUACUAGUAAGUUGAAAGGCACUCAGUAUUGCAGUGAUUUGAGUUAGUAAAUAUGCUUCCACAAGCUUUAGCCUACUGUAUAUUAUUUAGAGACUUCUGAUUUGAGAUGCACUUUAAAUUUGAAUUCACAUUAAUACUGGAGGGGAAUGUAAACUGCUGUAACCACAUCAUGUGGACUGUAAGAAAAUCUUAUUGUAUAAUGCUAUUAAGGAGCAAAGUGGGUAUGCUUUGUCCCAAUAAAUAAGUAGAGGAGUCCUGUAGCAAGAAAGUAUCCUUAACUGAAGGACUCCUGAAAAUGUUGCACUUCAGAUAGGCACUCUUCAAAGUGGAUAGACAUGUUUACAUUUCAGAUUGUUUGGAGUCAAACACAUUUUAAACUAUUUCAACAUGGGAAGGUUCUCGUAUUUCCUGACAUGGUAUAACAUGCUGUAUUCCUCUCGUACUCUCCUCUUAAGUUGUAACCUACUUUUUAUGAAGCCUGUACAGGGAUCACUCCUGCAGUGGAGCCUAUUAACCUGAGAUUUCAAAUGAAUGUAUAAUUUUAACAAAUGUUUGUAACAUGCAUUUUUUUUUUAAUUUCUGAAAUAUUUUUAUCACAACUUUUGAAAUAAAUUUUUUGGCAUAGUA